UGUCAGACCUGCUCUUCUCUUGCCGGUGGGGACAGGAAGUGGACUUUGUUCCUAACUCUCCCUGUUUGACACCAUCUUACGUUAGGGACAACAUUAAACACCUCAAGUGUAAUUUUUUCUUCUUCUUCUACCCCACGUCAACAGUUAAGGCUCUGAGAAGAGGCAUUCUUGCGACCACCUGGUGACGAUAGCCAUGAAGUGGGGCUGGGUGUUUCUGGGGGUCUUCCUCACUUUGGGGACCCUGUCCUGGGGGGAGAAGGGCUUGGAGAUCCCCGAGUAUGAUGGCAAAGACCGCGUCCACACCCUCACCGCCAAGAACUACAAGUCUAUCAUGAAGAAGUAUGAUGUGAUGGUGAUCUACUACCACAAAAAUGUGGAUGGGAACCGCAGUGCCAUGAAGCAGUUUCAGAUAGAGGAGCUGGCUUUGGAGUUGAUCACAAGUCAAGCAGCAAUUAUCUUUCAGCUUGCAGCCCAAGUCCUGGAUGAUCUUGACGAUGAGGACAUCGGAUUCGGCCUGGUUGAUGAAAAGAGGGACUCUGCUGUUGCCAAGAAGUUGGGUCUGGAUGAGGUGGAGAGCAUCUACAUCUUUGCCGACAAUGAGAUAAUUGAGUAUGAUGGAGAGCUGGCCUCUGACACCCUGGUUGAGUUCCUCUAUGAUGUGAUCGAAGACCCAGUGGAGAUCAUUGACAACGAGCGCGAGCUGAAGGGCUUCCACAACAUGGAUGAGGUCAUCAAGCUGGUCGGCUAUUUCAAGAGCGAGAGAUCCCCUCACUUCAUUGAGUACGACGAUGCUGCUGAGGAGUUCCACCCCUUCGUCAAAUUCUUUGCCACAUUUGACCCCAAGAUCGCCAAGAAGCUGAAGCUGAAGAUAAAUGAAGUUGAUUUCUACGAGCCAUUCAUGGAGGAACCUGUCACCAUUCCAGGAAAACCCUACAUUGAGUCUGAGCUUGUUGAAUACAUCGAACAGCACGACAGGCCCACUCUGAGGAAGCUUGAGCCUCACAGCAUGUAUGAGAUCUGGGAAGAUGACAUUGAUGGAGAGCACAUUGUUGCUUUUGCUGAGGAAGAUGACCCAGACGGUUUUGAAUUCCUGGAAAUCCUGAAGGAGGUGGCACGCGAUAACACCGAUAACCCCAACCUCAGCAUCAUCUGGAUCGACCCUGACAAUUUCCCCUUGCUGGUUCCAUACUGGGAGAAGACCUUCGGUAUCGACCUCUCUUCUCCUCAGAUUGGUGUGGUUGAUGUUGAGGAUGCCGACAGCGUGUGGAUGGAAAUGGAUGACCAGGAUGACAUGCCCACAGCUGAUGAGCUGGAGCAGUGGAUUGAGGAUGUUUUGUCUGGAAAGAUUGACCCAGAUGAUGAUGAUGAUGACGACGAUGAUGAUGACGAUGAUGAUGAUGAUGAUGAUGAUGAUGAUGAUGAUGACGAUGAUGACGACGAUGAUGAUGAUGAUGAUGAUGAUGAUGACGAUGAUGAUGAUGAUGAUGACGACGACGACGACGAUGAUGAUGAUGACGAUGACGAUGACGAUGAUGACGACGAUGAUGAUGAUGACGAUGAUGAUGAUGACGAUGAUGAAUAAAUUUUUACUAUCUUUCACUUCACUUUGAUUUAGCCUGAAAUGGCAAAACCCUAAAGUUGUACCAGUUUUUUUCUAACAUCUUGCAGCAAACACACUGUGUCUGUUUGCGUCCUGUACGGUUUCCUGUGAGGGACAACUAUAAUGACCCUAUGGGAAACUUUAACUGGGAAGGAAAUUUUCAGAGAAAAUUUUCGUCUCUGUUGGUGAACAGCUCUCACCUUUGAGUUUUACAAUGAAUGUGAGCAAAGAGGCUAACAGAGGCUAACUUCCCUGACUUUUCGACCUAAUGUCACAGACCGGGGUUACCCCUUUCUCAUUUUCUCCAAUUCACUGUAAUCCUGUUUCAAUGACAUGUUUUCUACUUGAUGAAGAGAAGAAACAAACACUUUUUUGUGCAAUUAAAUUUUUUUUAAAAAGAAUUAACCUAAACUCACUGGACAGUCUUAGAAUUAUUGCAAUCUUGUAAAACUAUCAAGAUACCGGAUAAUAAUAAAAAAAUUACAGUACAAUUUGUUUCUGCUCUAAUAUUAAAAAUGAAAAAGAAAAAUAUUUUGAAAUCAG